AUGGAAUCAGAUGAAACAUCGGAUGGAGAUUUCAGUGAAAUUAAAUUGCCUCCAAUCAUAGAUCAAUUGAAACGUCUACUAGAACAAUAUUCAGAUGGACAGAUUAUUAAGGAACUGAUACAAAAUGCUGAAGAUGGUGGAGCUACAGAAGUUAAGUUUCUAUACACUGGUAAAAAACACGAAGAAAUUAAACAUUCAAUAAAGACAUGGAAAGAAACACCAAUUAAAAUUGCUAUGCAGGCACCUGCUCUAUGUGCUUACAACAAUGGUAUAUUUACUGAUAAAGAUUGGAGAGGUAUUGCUGCCAUACAGUGUAGUCAAAAAGAAAACGAACCUUUGAAAGUUGGUAGAUUUGGAUUAGGAUUUAAAUCUGUUUUCCACCUAACAGAUUUUCCAUUGAUAAUAAGUGGAGACAAGGUAAUGGUGAUGAACCCAUUAGCCAGUGUAUCAAAGGUGGUAUUUAAAAGAAAGCUUCGCAAGAUCGACAGCGAUUCCCAGGAGGCAAUGCUAAAAUUGAUAGGCGAUAAGUUUGGAUUUUCAAAGCUCUGUUUCAAAGACAGAUACCAGGGUACAUUGUUUUGGUUCCCAUUGCGAACAGAACCUUCGGAACUGUCCCGUGAUACUUAUACAUAUGAGAAAAUUCAAGACAUAUUUCGUGGAUUAAAAGAUUUGGCACCAUCUAUUCUAUUGUUUUUAAAGAAAAUUGAAUUUAUAGAAGUGUCUGAAGAAUCAGAGAAUGAUUUGAUUUAUCGAGUACAGAUAUCUGCCAAGAAAGAAGAGGACCUUCAUCAUAUUCGUGAGCAGAGAGGAGAUUUUUUACUCCAAGUUGAGGAAUUGAAUGGAAAAUUGGCUAAUGAAUAUUUUUUCCAUUAUAUGAAACUUUCUAUUAAAUGUGAAGGGAAGAAAUGGUUAUCAGAAGAAAAAAAUACAAAAGAUUGGAUAGUGGUAAAUCAUUAUCAUGGAGGAUCUGUAAGUGAUGGUCUACAGAGAUUAAUAGAUGAUGAAGAAUGGUCUUAUAGUCCAUAUGUCAGUGUGGCAGGAUGCUUAUCAAAUUGUGAUGAACAGUUUAAAGGACACAUAUAUUGCUUUUUACCACUACCGUUAGAACGCACUAGCCCUACUGGCUUGCCAGUUCAUAUCAAUGGGUUCUUUGCUUUGAGCCAAGAUCGUCAUCAUAUUAAAUGGAUGUCAUCAGAAGAAGAAAAGAGGAACGGUCACUCGGAAAAUUCUGUAGAAUGGAACAAAAUUUUAGCUACGGAAAUCUUGCCCUUGGUAUAUUCAGAAUUGCUAACAUAUUUGACUAAAGCUGGUAUUGACACGAAUACAAUAUAUAAAUUGUUACCUAAACCCGAAUUGAUUACUGAAAACUGGAAGAUAUUUAUCAAACCACUUUUUAAACAACUCUACAAGAAAAAUAUCAUCUUUACCAAGACUUCUGGUGGAAAAUGGAUUAAACCUGAAGAAGCUAUUGUGUUGGUAAAGGAAGAAUAUCCAGAUACUAUUUUAAAGGUUAUAGAAGAUGUAUAUUUAUUAAAGAAAACGAAUGUAGCUUGUCUUCCAGAUGUUUUUGUGGAAUCUUUAAAGUCACAUGGCCGGAUUGAAGUAUCUGAUUCGUCAUGUUUACAUUCCUUUUUGAUUAAUCAUGACGGUAUAUUUGACUUGAUGGACAUCAACCAGAAGAUGAAACUACUAGAAUAUUUCAUAUCUAAUGAUAUCGAAAAACUGCAAGGUCUGAAGAUAUUGCCAUUAGCUAAUGGUGAUUUUCAAAUAUUGGAUGCUGAAGAAGAGACUGUAUUCUGGUGCGAAGCAGAGAGUUUGAAAUUAUUCACGGGAAUGGAAUCAAGGUUUCUGCUCAAUGACCUUUCUCAAGAUAUAUCUCAAAAACUGAUAGAUCGGUUCCAAGUUAAACAACUAAUGUCUGAGCAUAUUCCAGAAUUACUCCAAGAAUGUAUAGAGAUUAACAGUUUCAGGCAUAAAGAGAUCACACCACAAAUUACUGAUUGGUUGAAUGUCGUAUGGAAAUAUAUACACAAAAAUGAGGAUGUUUUCCAGUUAUCAUGGAUUUCACAUUUACAUUUACUACCAUUUCAUAAAGAAAACAAACUCAUCCAAGUUGAUUCAGUGUCUAUUUUGAGUUCAAAAGAAAAGAUGGACACUUUAGAUCCACAGUUAUCGAAUUCUCUUGAAAACCUUGGUGUAAAGAUUAUCACCUCACUCUCUAAUACAAUAUCAGCACUAGUGGAGGGUAAAUUUGUACAGUAUCCUACAACUGAAGGUAUAUUUAACUGUAUGAAGAAAAUAACGAGUAAACAACAAAUAGAACAGUUUAACCAAGCUGCCUCAACCAAGGAAAGAAUUCAACUUCUUGAAAAAUUUACAAACCUUUCUGGUGACCAGGUUUUGCAGAUAUCUGAGCUUGUUCGAAAACUGGAAAUAUUUGAGGUGAUGAACAGUAACCGGUAUGUUUGUUUAAAUGAGAUAAAUAAAAUGUAUUAUAGAGGAAACCAUCCUGAACUACCUAUACCCUAUAAACGUACUGUUAUAAAAUGUUCAUCAGAGUCUAUCAAGAAAGUAGGAAGAAUUUGUGGUUGUGUUUUCUUGGAAUAUGAAGAGCUCAUUGAAGAUAUACUAUCAUCAUUACCCAGCUAUAAUAAGCCUGAACAACUUAAAUUCAUGGAAUUCUUCCUAAAUCAUUUAUCACAUUUUGAAAAGGAAAUUAAAAUAAUGAAGUUAGCCGGUGAUAUAUGUUUUAUAGAGAACAAGAGUGGAGAACUUGUGAAACCAAGAGAUUUACUAGACCCAAGUUCAACGUUACUUAAAGACAUGUUUCAACCGUGUGACUUCCCUUCUAAUAAUUGUGACAUCAAGAAAUUGAAGAAGCUGGGAUUAAGAUUUGAAGAAGAUUUAACGGGAAAGGACAUCUUGAAACUUGCUGAUACAGUAAUUGAUGAUGGAACUGGUUCAGAUGAGAUUUUCAAGAAAGGAAUGGCUCUAUGUCAAUGGAUAGACAAAUACAACGAUAGAUUGGACCAGGGACUGAUAUAUCUAUUGACCUCAAAGACAAUCUGCCCAAUUAUGAACAAGAGACCAGAAUAUUAUCCAAAAACGUUACCAUUUAUGGGAGAAGAUGCUAUGUUCCAGUUUAAAAAACCACAAGAUUUAUUCAGCUGUAAAGAUGCCAAUCUAGUUGGUGGAGUAGGUGUAUUAUCUAAUGAAGAUAUACCAAAAUGUUUUAUAACAUAUAUCAAACCUGUAGAUGGAGAAGUAUUUGAACAACUGAAAUUGGUUACACUAAGAUACGAUCCGAAAGAUAAAAUUGAAUUCUUACCAGUUCUGAAUAAAAUAUAUCAAUAUAUAAACAACACUAAUCUUAAAAUACCAGACGAAAUACUAAACCAGAAGAUAGUAUGGACUGGAUCCACCUUCCAAAAGUUAUCUUAUGUCUACUGUACAGAAAAGAAGGACGAUCUACCAUUACAACCAUACCGAUAUCUACUGCCUCCUGAAAUUAAGGAAUACCGAAAUCUAUUUGAAAAGUUUGGAUGCAUGAAAGAGCAAAACGACCAAAUGUUGCUGGAUGUAUUGAGUAAUAUCAGAGAGGAGCAUGACACAAAUCAGACCCUAGACGAAUUGGAUGUUUCAAAAGACACAUCAAUAGUUUUACAGAUAAUAAAUAAAUUGGCCAAUUCACCCGAAGAUUACAGUCAGUGUAUUUUAUUGCCCAUCCAUACAGAUUCGUCCAAGUUGCUGUUAAAACCAGCCAGUGAAGAUGAAAUCUUCUAUGUUCAUAAGGAAAUAUCUUCUUACACUGCAAACAGAUUUAAUGUCCCUGCUCUAAAUGAUCGUGUAUUAUGUGAUGCUGAUAAAUUUGAUAUGAAUUUCGGCCAGGAUGAACCUUUAACAACUAGAUUGAAAAAUCUUUUAAAUGAUUAUACUGAUGGAUUUACUGUACCAAAGGAAAUUAUUCAGAAUGCGGAUGAUGCUGGAGCAAGUGUUGUGAAGUUUCUAUAUGACGAGAGAACCAUGCCAGAAGCACUGAAAUGUCUGUUUGAUGAAGGUAUGGAACCUGUACAAGGACCAGCAUUCUGGGCAUAUAAUGAUGCUAAAUUUACAGACACUGAUUAUGAGAAUAUAACAAAGUUAGCUGGAGCCACAAAGAAAGAUGAUCAAAUGAAAAUUGGUAGAUUUGGGCUGGGGUUUAAUUCUGUCUACAACCUAACUGAUACACCAAGCUUUAUUUCUGGUGAUACAUAUGUUAUCUUUGAUCCUCAUGAGACUCAUUUACAGAAAUCUGGAUUAAAAAUCAAAUUAAAUUACCCCAAAAAUCGGAAAAUGAGACAGAAGAUGAAAGGACAGUUUUACCCAUUUGACGGAGUCUUUCAAUGUAAAGUUCUGAAGGAAGAACAGGUCGACUUUAAUGGAACAUUAUUCAGAUUCCCUCUUAGAAUCCAAUCAGAAGCGGCUAAAAGUUUGAUAAAAGACUUCUGUUACUCAAAACAUGAAAUGAAGGAAUUCAUUCAAAAGAUUGCAGAUGGAUGCGGAAAUCUGUUGCUGUUCACUCAAAAUGUAAGAAAAAUUGAACUUCAUCAUCUACAUAAAGGAGGCAAACCAAAUGACGCACAAUUAAUACUGGAAGUUACCAAAUCAUCUAAUCGGGAUAAUAUUUCUGCUCUGAAGAUAUUGACAAGCCAAUACAGCCAGCGCCAAGACGGUCAACUUUCACAAUUAUCAGAAGAAAUUGAAAUUUUGGUAUCAGUCAAAAGGACAGAAACGGCACAAGACUAUUUCGAAUUACCACAUAAUGAAAAAACUUUGACUUAUUUAAUAAGUUGGAGCUUUGGGAAAGAUAAAGUAGUGAAUGCAGCAAAAAGAAAAGAAUUUAAAGGUCUUCUUCCUAUAGCUGGAACAGCUGUUUUAAAGAACAACCAGGAUGAUGAUACCAGUGACUUUGGAUUUUAUGAUAAAUCACAUCUGUUCUGUUUCUUACCUCUACCAAUACCAACGAGUUUACCUGCUCACGUGAAUGGUUCAUUUGCAGUACAGUCUAGUCGUAGAGAUCUUGUAUGGAAAAAUGAAGAUGAUAUUGAUGUUCCUGAAGAUGAAUGGAAUAUGUGCCUGCUGGAAGAUGCUUGCUGCCAAGCGUAUCUAUUGAUGAUGACAACUAUGGCUAGAGAUGUACCAGAGGAGAAAUACAACAGACUGUGGCCCAAUAUUUCACAGUGUGUAUCUAGACAUGAUAAAGUACUAUCAAGACAUAUUUAUCAGACAAUUUGUGCAGGUGAUUAUAGAGUGUUCCAGUCUAACAAUGAACCUGUUUCUAUUUAUAAUGCCAUCUUUCUAGAUCCAACCUUAAGAGAGAAAGAUGUUAUUGGUGAAAUAGCCCUUAAAGCAUUAUGUCAUUUCUCCAUAACGAGAAUGGAUUCCUUAAUCUCACAUUUUCAUGGUGGAAUUUCUGUGGUAGAUUUACUUCCGAACGUUUGGAAACAGUUUAAAAGUGUUGGCUGUGAAGAAGUAAUUAGACACAGAAUGGUAACAAUUGAAAUAUUCUACAGUUGUUUAUUUUUCCCAACAUUGACUGAUAAGUUCUGGUCUCCAGAAGAAAUUGAUGAAUUACUUCUUUACAGUUUUCAGCUGAAAAAUGAUAGAAUUAACAAGCUGAUAGAAACUAGUGACUGUAUACCAACAAAACCAAACCAUAAAAGACUUAAACCAAGCUUAUUAAUUCAUCCAAAUGGUGAGAUAUCAGAAUUGUUUGAUGAAUCUGAAGAACGUUUUCCAGAUGAUACAAAACUAAAGACGG